AUGUCGGGCGCAAUCCUCUCCGACCUCCCUGCAGCGCUGCGUCCCGCCUGCCGCGCCUUUCUCGCGCGCAGCUCUUUCACCCCCACAGGCAUCCCCUCGUCCGCGCUAUUGUCGGAAACUCGCUUCCAGAUCCUGCGCGGCAUUUCGCAUCUUCAAGCCGCAAUCCCGUCCAUCCAGACGCCAUCGCAGCGCGCUGAACAAUCGGCUACUACUAUCGAGGACCCAAACCACGCGGUCACUGGUACUAGGAUCCACCCACCCGCCGCUCACACCCAGCCCUUCUUCCAGUUCCAUCGGACCGUUGCAGCCAUGGCGGGCAUGCGCCCCGCAGCGCAGUCGGAGCGCGAGCAGCAGGAGGCGGAGCCGCUGCCGGGGCUGAGGCGCACCGUGUGGGGGCAGCUGGACCUCAAGCCGCGCUUCCCCAAGCUCGAGUCGCACGUGCACGCUGACGUGGCUGUGAUCGGCGGAGGGAUCGCGGGGCUGAGCAUCGCGUAUCAACUGCAGCGCAAGGGGAAGUCGACAGUGCUCCUGGAGCGCCGCUGCAUUGGGUCGGGGCAGACGGGGCGGACGACGGCGCACAUAAUGGCGUGGAACGACGACUUCUACAUGAACCUUGAGAAGAGCUUUGGGCGCGACAACACGGGGCUCGUGGCGGAGUCGCACCGGCAGGCCAUCGCGUGCAUCGAGGAGACCGUGGCGCGCGAGGCCAUCGACUGCAAGUUCACGCGCCUCCACGGAUACCUCUUCCCCCACGACUCCAAGGCCUCCACGCUGGAGAUGCUCCACCUGGAGUACGAGGCGUGCAGGAGGGCGGGGUUCACGGACGUGUACAUGGCGGACUUACAGGGGGACCCCUCCCUCGGCUCCGUGCACAACGCCAUCUGCUUCCCCUCCACCGCCGAGUUCCACCCCCUCAUUUACCUGAACGGGCUGGCAGACGCGUUUGUACGUCAGGGGGGGCGCAUCUUCGAGCAGACAGUGGCGUUCCGCGAGGAGGGGUCGGUGACGGGCGCUGGGGCGGGGGCGGUGGUGGCGACUAAGGACGGGCGGGGCGUGGUGCACGCGGGGGCGGUGGUGCUGGCCACCAACUCGCCCAUCAACCACAACCUCCUCGUGCACGCCCGCCAGCCCGCUGACAGGAGCUACGUCGUGGGGCUCCACCUGCCCAAGGGCUCUGUCAAGCGAGCCAACUGGUGGGACACGGCGUCCCCGUACCACUACGUGCGCGUGGAGGAGCAGGAGGGGCGGGACGUGCUGGUGGUGGGGGGAGGCGACCACCCCGUGGGCAUGCCUGCAGGCCAGUACCACGACGUGUGGAGCGACCUGGAGCGUUGGGCACGCCCCCGCUGGCCCAUGGCGCAGGAGACGCUCUUCCGCUGGAGUGGCAUGGUGUACGAGCCGGUGGACUUUCUGGGGCUGUACGGGCGCAACCCCAUGGACUCCACUCACACCUACAUCGCCACUGGUGACAGUGGGCAGGGCAUGACAGGCGGCACCAUAGCCGCCAUGAUCAUAUCCGAUCUCAUCUGCCGCUGCCCGAACCCGUUCGUGGAGAUCUACUCGCCCUCGCGCCUGCCGCCCAUAUCCAAGGAGUCACUAUCACUGGCUGGCUCUGUUUUCAGCCACACCUUUCAGGGGUACAAGGACCGCUUGCCCCUGGUGGGCACGGACGGCGUGGAGAUGGAGGACCUGGGGCGCGGGUGCGGGGCGGUGGUGCGCAUGGGCGUGGGCAAGGCCGCUGUGUUCCGCGAUAAGGACGGCCGCGUGCACGCCUUCUCUGCAACAUGCCCGCACAUGGGGUGCAGCGUGCACUGGAACCCCAACGACGCCACCUUUGACUGCCCGUGCCACGGCUCCCAGUUCGACCACCGAGGCCGCUGCAUCAACGGGCCAGCCAAGGCCGACCUUGAACCGCUGGACCCCGCCCACACGGGGUAG